CAACAAUCGUCUUGUUGCCUACAAUGCACUUGCGGUGACUCGGCGAAACUGCUCUGCUCUUUUGUAUAUUGUUCGUUUUAAUUAUAAGCCGCAUCUCGUUCUCUGCUUUUCGACCAGCAAACAUGCGGUAUCAUUUUCUUGACCAUUACAGAACUACAAUUUCCUGAUUACCACUCUUCCACUACAUCACUUGAGCUCUCGAUUCUCAACAUGAGUUUCCUGGGCGAGAUCGUCGAUUCGAUAGGCAGCGGCAAGCCGCCGGCGCCACCAAAGCCCUCAGCCCGGACCCCCGGAACAGUUUCACAUCGUCCUGCUGCUGAUGGUAAGCCUGGGCCACGACCUGGCCUCCCGGCAACAACAGCUUCGCCACUCAAUGGGCUGAAGCGGAAAGCUGAAGAUGGUGCCACGAAACAGACCGAGAAGCACAUCAGACCAAACCCUACACCUGGAUUGACAAGCAGUGUAGUCCGACGUCCAGCGGCGCCUGCUCUCCAUGCGCCGAGACAGCCUCCUCCAAAAACCACAGCAGUACCGAGACCAAAGAUCGAUGCUACCCCCAGCUCCCAAAAAGUGGGCCCAACACCACCUGGCACACCAACAAGUCCGGCUGCAAAAGCCCCCGCAAAGGGCUCGUACGCAGACAUCAUGGCUAGGGCGAAACUAGCUCAAGAGGCAAGGAUGCAAAGCCAAGUCGGAAUGAUCAAGCACCAGGCAACGAACAGGGAGAAGAUCUCCAAGGUCGCCGAAAGAAAGCGACAAGAAGAAGAGAAGGCAAAGGCUGCUAAAGGAAAACUCGGUGAACGUCCUUCUACCACAAAGCGUGACAACUCUCGCAGCGUUAGUCCCGCGAAGAAGGCAGAACAGGGAAGAGUCAUCAAGACCCCUCGUCCACCUCUCCAUGCUCCACCUUCAGGCUACAAGGGCACUAUGGGUCUCUCUUCAGGAAGAUCACAAAAAGAGGCGCAGCGUAAACGCAGCAGGUACGACGAAUAUCUUGGCACCGACGAGGAAGACGAGGAUUCGGAUAUUGGCAGCUAUGGUAGAGAUGAGGAAGAAGGAGAUUAUGCAUCUGACGUAUCAUCUGACAUGGAAGCGGGAGCAUUUGAACUUGAUGAGGAAGAGAACAAAGCUCUUCGGGCUGCUAAGCAGGAAGACGCGAGAGAAUUGGCAUUGGAAAACCAAUUGAAGAAGGAAAAGGAAGAGCGCCGGAAGAGGUUGCUUGCCAUGGCUAAUAAGCGGAAGUGAUUAUGUGCAUCUGCAUAACGAGGUUCCGACUUUGAUAUUAUUACUGACAUUUAGCACCGGUGUUGGGGUUUGAAUAGCGAAGACACACACAAUGAUAUGGACAUGAGAUAUUUAGAGGGGCUUUUGGGACAUGUUGCCCUGCCUCCAUCCUGUAUAUGAGCUCGCCC